ACGCGCCGGCGGCUGGCGCAGCCCUUCGCUCGCCCGGCCUCCCCCUCCCCGGUUCCGCGCUCUGGUUCCGCCAUGGAAUCCAACAAGGAUGAAGCCGAGCGCUGUAUCAGCAUCGCCCUCAAGGCCAUCCAGAGUAACCAGCCCGACCGGGCGCUCCGCUUCCUAGAGAAAGCACAGCGGCUGUACCCGACGCCGCGGGUUCGCGCACUGAUCGAGUCCCUCAACCAGAAAUCACAUGCCCCCUCUGCCAAUGGGGAAGCUGGCGGCAGCGAGACCACCAAGAGCUACACAGCAGAACAAGUCGCAGCUGUGAAGAGGGUCAAGCAGUGUAAAGACUACUACGAGAUCCUGGGGGUGAGCAGGGAGGUCUCAGACGAGGACCUGAAGAAGGCCUACCGCAAACUUGCCCUCAAGUUCCAUCCAGAUAAGAACCACGCGCCUGGCGCCACAGAGGCUUUCAAAGCCAUUGGCACAGCCUAUGCAGUUCUCAGCAACCCCGAGAAGAGGAAGCAGUACGACCAGUUUGGCGAUGACAAGAACCAGGCUGUCCGGCAUGGCCAUGGCUACGGGGACUUCCACCGCACGUUCGAGGCCGACAUCUCUCCGGAAGACCUCUUCAACAUGUUCUUUGGCGGUGGAUUCCCCUCCAGUAAUGUCCAUGUCUACAGCAACGGUCGCAUGCGGUAUACCUAUCAGCAAAGACAGGACCGCAGGGAGAACCAGGGUGACGGCGGGCUGGGGGUGUUUGUCCAGCUGAUGCCCAUCCUCAUCCUGAUCCUCGUGUCAGCGCUCAGCCAGCUCAUGGUCUCCAGCCCACCCUACAGUCUGAGCCCGAGGCCGUCAGUGGGUCAUGUCCACAGGAGGGUCACUGACCACUUGAACGUCAUCUACUAUGUGGGAGACACCUUCUCUGAGGAAUACACAGGCUCCAGCCUCAAGACAGUUGAACGGAACGUGGAAGAUGAUUACAUCGCCAAUCUCCGAAACAACUGCUGGAAGGAGAAACAGCAGAAGGAAGGUUUGCUGUACCGGGCCCGCUACUUCGGUGACACAGAUAUGUACCACAAAGCACAGAAGAUGGGCACCCCAAGCUGUAACCGACUGUCAGAGACUAUGAAAUCCCUGGAGAAUUUUUGGUGA